GGUUGUGGCUGGUGACGUGGCACUUGGGGCUGUUCAUAACACUUACAUUUGGACAAAUUGGGUUCAAGGGAAGGACCGAAGACUACUUUUCAAAGUGAAAAAAAUGUAAUAAUUUCUUAAGAAAAGGGGAAUUGAAUUCCACUUUCUAUUCUUCUAUGUUUGUAAAGUAGAGCUUAGCUUAUGGCUAAUGGCUAAUGGCUAAUGGCUAAUGGCUUAUGCUUCUCUCCAGUGUACAAUCGUUCCAACUUGUGUCCAUUAAAGAAAGUGGAGGCAGAUUUUCCUUCCUCAACCUUCACUGAUCUAA